GUAGUUCGAGAAUUUGUAUCAGCUGACUUUAAAUCAGCUGACAACAGUUGCAGUUUUGGUUUUUGCUAGAAUAUAUUUAAGCUACGCUGGAGCUAAAUAUUUGCCAAUUCGCAUAUGAUAAAUUGCAUGUAAAUAUCUACCUUGUCGAAAAUAGGUUGAAAGAUAGCUUAGCAAGCUCAUUCUAUCCUAACCAACUGCUAAACAAAGCAUUUCACGUGUUGUCGAGGUUUAAAGUAACUAUUUGAUUUUUGUGUAUUAACGCGUAACUAUGGACAAAAUAGCAAAAGAUGUUGGUGAUAUUCAGUCCAGGCUAAUAGACCAUAGGCCUGUCAUACAAGGGGAGAUCCGCUACUUUGUGAGAGAAUUUGAGGAGAAACGUGGAUUCAGAGAGAGCCGUUUGUUGGACAACCUGAACAAAAUGGUAGUGGAGACCAAUGAGCAGAUGUUGCCCAAGUGUUCAGAACACAUGCAUCAACACCUCUUUGAGGCUCUCACCCGAUUGGAGGCUGCGAAUCACAUGUCACAGAGGAUCCAGCAGAGGGCGCUAGAAGCACAGCAGAGCACCCAGCUGCAGGUGACCAUAGACAGACGGAAGGAAGACUGGGAUGAGUUUCUGAAGGAGCAGCAGCGUCUGAAGGAGGAGGUGGACGAGGAGCACGCCAAGGCUGUCGGACGUCUCAGCGUCAUGUACAGCGAGAUGAAGAAGGAUCUGGCCAAGUUCUCCCGCUUCUGAUCCUCUGUGUGUACGUCCAUGUGUGUCUGUCCCACAGGAGGUUGGUGGCACCUUAAUUGGGGCGGACGGCCUCGUAGUAAUGGCUGGAGCGGUAUAGGUGGAAUGGUAUCAAAUACAUGUUUGGUGCCAUUCCAUUCGCUCCGUUCUGGCCAUUACUAUGAGCUGUCCUCCCCUCAGCAGCCUCCUGUGGUCUGUAUGCUUGUGUGAAAUGAAGGUAUUGCCUUUGGUUGAUGCGGUACAUAGUCAUUGGCACUAACAGAGGAUUUCUGAGCACUAGUGCUGCACAAAAGUCCACAUUUUCCAGAUCACAAAUAACAAAGUGUGAUUAACAAUGUGGCAUUUUCACAGGCCAUCAAAAUCAACAUUUUCUGUCCUAAGCACAUGGAAUAUGUAAACUUAUGGAAAAUGUCAUUUUUAAACUAGCAAUAACAUGAUUUUUCCUUGGUUGUGAAGCUUUUUACAUCUUGAGUUUUUUUAUGGAAUCAUACUUUGAUGUGUGGAUAGAUGUGUUUGCCUUUAGCUGUAUAAGAAAAUAAACUGGGAUUUGGCUCUGAGGUGAUAUAUUUAAA